UUUCCAAGGAUAUAAUCUGUAUGCAAAUUGAAGACUUACACAGAAAAAUCUGACCGUAAUUGACUUUUCUUUCAUGACCGCCGAGUAAAUCUGGCCGGUGGUGAUGGAGCCACGGGUGUUCUGUGCACGGCCGUGAAUGAGCGCGUGACCUCGUGUAGUGUUGGGCUGCUGGUGACGUCACGAGGACUGGAUAGCGGCAGGACGUGUCGUGUGCAGUGGCACCGCCGGUGGCCGUGGUCACCUUCACGUUGCCAGGGAGGCUGUUCACUUUAUCUUACUAACUAUUUGAAUGAACUACAUCGAUAAAGAGGAUGUGUAAAGCAUCUUGACGCCCGAUAAGUCUGCCCCGACUCUCACGGCCAAACAUGUACUGAGAUAAUUGGUAAUAUUCAGUGGAGCAUGUGUGCGUGGCCGCCUUGCCGUACACACGCUGGCCCGUAGUGUACAACAGUGGGCGUGUGUGGUGGUCUGACGACGGGCGUGUGUGAGGCGAGCCUGAGAUCAAUGUUGCGCAGGAGAGGCCGCCCCCCGCGCAUAACAGUGGACUCUGCCGCCGCCAUAUUGAUCCGGGAGGCCGUCGCCAGAGCCGCGGCCGAGGUGGUGGCAGCAGCUCCCUCUCUCCUCCACCUUGCCGCAGUCCUGCCGCCUGUACAGUGUCCCUUUGGCCCGUGCUACGCUGUGAUGUUUGACAACAAUAGAGUUUAUUACGGAUAAGAUAACUUGUGACAAUGUUCAGUUUCGCGAACAAAAUGUUAAACGCCCUUGUGGGCAAUGAAGAGCCCACGUCCGGGACACCAGGGGGCACCAGUGUACCGGGGGCACCGCGCCCCCAGGUACCCGGCCUUAUGAGGAUGGGUGCUCCUGGAGGACCUCGGCCCCCGGGGACGGGCAUGACGGGCCCCAGACCGCCCGGACCUGGCGGGAGCAUGGGGCCCGGCGGUGGCAUGGGGCCCAGUGGUGGCAUGGGCCCUGGCGGGAUGGGCCCCGGUGGAAUGAGCGGACCAGGCGUCCCUGGAGGACCAGGAGGACCUGGCGGGCCAAUGGGCCCCGGUGGUGUGCGGGGACCCAGUGUGUCAAUGGGUCAAGGUGGUACAGUGGGGUCUGGGGGAUCGGCAGGCCCGGGGGGCCCGAUGGGACCUGGUGGCCCUAUGGGGCCAGGCGGUCCGAUGGGACCCGGGGGUCCAGGGGGUCCAGGCGGACCGAUCGGUCCCGGUGGUCCCAUGGGGCUGAACGGUCCCGGAGGACCAGGUGCUAACAGACCACCAGGGCCCGGCAUGGGUCCCAGACCUCCAGGAAUGGGGGGACCCAUGGGUCCCAGAGGCGGCAUACGACCAGGACCACGAGGAAUGCCGCCCGGGAUGGGCCCUGGUGGCCCCCGGGGCAUGCCGCCAGGAAUGGGCCCACGUCCAGGAAUGGGUCCCCUUGGACCACGUGGAAUGCCAAUGAAUGGGAUGGGAGGUCCUCGCGGGCCCAGGCCUGGCAUGAUGGGUCCCCCCGGCAGCCGCGGACCAGCGCCUGGCCCGGGAACCAUGCCACCCCCCGGCGGUCCAGGAGGACCAGGAGGGCCAGGAGCGCCGCCAGCCAUGGGCGUGGACCACCAGCGACCUCCUCACUCUGAACAUGGAAAGCUUGGCACCGGCGCCACCCUCCAAAACCAGACCUCCCAACCCUCAGGGACGCAGCCCCUUGGGGCACAGGUCAUGGGAACACAAUCUAUGGGAACACAGUCUAUGGGAACACAGCCCAUGGGCACACAACCCAUGGGAACACAAUCUAUGGGAACAAUGGGAACACAACCCAUGGGUACACAGUCUAUGGGUACCAUGGGAACACAGCCCAUGGGAACUCAGUCCAUGGGAACACAGCCCAUGGGAACACAGGCCAUGGGGCAGCAGUCCAUGGGAGCACAAAACACUAUGGGUUCAAUGCAAGAUAAUCAUAAGAAACUAAGUGGCCAAGACCUUUUGAAUCAAGCCCGAGGGACCAUGGAUAAAAAGCCCGGGAUAAUGAGACAAGGCUCAAUGGGGCGUGAUCCCCCAGGCCAGCAUGGCGGGCUUAGUACAGGUGUCGGGGGCAUCAGACCCCAAGGGCCAGGGCAGGCCAGGAUGGGCCAACACGGAGCACUGGGCCAGACGUGGCCCUCCUCUCAGGGGCCUAAUGCCCCCACCUCUCAGGGCAUGACGGGGCCGACCACACUGCCUUCUGGUGCUCGAACGCAAACAACAACUGCUGGCCCUGGUGCCCCGGACGUGGACCUGAGUCAGUUGAGCGAGGAGGAGCGAGCCAUCAUCGAGAGCGUCAUGGAGAAGGCCAAGGAGAUGGAGGGACACGACACCCCAACCCGCCGUGGGUGAGUACCACUACUACUGCUAGUACCAGCACAUGUCUUCACCUUGUAUUUCCUUGUGAUUCCCUUCGACUUUUUAUGUAAGAGAGGGACUGAUUUAGGAUAACAAAAAGAAAGAAAAAAAAAAAAAAGACCCACUGAGGUGCCAGUCCUGCGUCACCACACUCAGGUGACUGAUGUAUCCACACUGAGGCGACUGAUGCGUCAACACAAACAUGAUUCAGUGACCUUACACAUACGUGACUCACGGGUCAGUUUGGUGAAUCCAUUUUCUCUGUGUGAUCCAGUGAGGUGUGUGUGUGUGUGUGUGUGUGUGUGUGUGUGUGUGUGUGUGUGUGUGUGUGUGUGUAUGUGCACGUAUGUGUAUUUGUUGGAGGCAGUGACGUAAUGCCGAGUUACAUAGCGGUCACUGGCCACACCUUGGCUCGCGUCCAAUCGGAAAUUCACAGCGUCGGGAAUCACUAGGAAAGAUUUAAUCUCCCGCCGCGGCUCAAAGGGCGAGCCAACACUUUGCGGUCUUCGGUACCUAUGGGAAAGUGCAGCCGUUGUUUCCCUUCACGCACUGUACGAGCAGGACUGCGAGAUCCUGCCAACAUUCCUAAUCCUCGCUGAUCCAAAUGAGCCUGCAGAUCCUAUCCGCUUGUGGUUAACCUUGACAUUAAGUGCAGGCUUUGCCAUCACGAGGGAAUAAACGCAGGAGAGUGUCGUCGUCAAGAAUGGUAAUGAGCCUCCUUGUUUUCUUAGCGAGGCUGUGGCUGCUGCCUCUCGCGCCGCCGUGACGGGAACCAAGCGGCAAAUGUCACGGCGGUGCUUUCCACGGGAUUCUUUUAGGCCGCGACCCGAAGCAUUACCUAAGAGGAGAGAACACGCUGGCGUAGAUAGAGGGUGACUGGCUGGAUGGCUGGGUGGGUGACAGACGCCUGAUCAACAAGGAUAUUUUGUCUUCAUUUAGCUCUGGGUCACACACACACACAUACACACAAACACUCAAGGGAAGGGGAAGAGGGUGAGAGGCUGGGUAGUGGAUGACGGACGUCUCUAGGUCACACUUUAAAGUCCAUAUUCUGAAUCACUUCUGCGCCGCCCUUCCAC